AUGGUCGACACGACUCAAAUGGAGGAGCUCUUGAAAAGGCCUCUCUAUGUGUACGAUCUGCCGCCAGAACUUCUUGCAAGCCUAACGGUCAAGACCACAAGCCAAGCUGUCGCCGAACAAGAACCUGAACCCUCUCCGAUAGAUCUCGAACUAGCAGCGCAGGACUCCGCGAUCGCAACCUCAACCCUAUGCUCCCUCUGCAGGGUCUCUUACAACAGUGUACAGGAACAACGCAGCCAUGUCCGCUCGGACCAUCACCGGUAUAACAUCAAAGCCCAACUGCGAGGAAACGCGCCCCUGGAGGAAAUCGAAUUUGCGAAGGCAAUUGGAGAGCUAGAUGAGUCUAUAUCUGGCUCUGAGUCCUCGGAGACAGAGGAGGAGGAUGCAGAGGGGGCUGCGGGUACAACACUGUCCGCCCUGCUGAAAAAGCAGGCCAAGCUUUCCCACCCGAAUGAGGAUCCAGAAAUGACCGAAACACCGAUCACUCCGAAACACCCAUUAUUUUGGCUGUCUAGCUCGGGGUUGCCGUCAAACAAGUCCCUAGGCAUCUACCGGGCCAUUUUCUCAAAUGUCGAGCAGGACGAGCCAGCCCAUUUGGUUGACACUCUGCGACGAAAGCAGCUUGCGCCAAUCAAAGCACGCACCAACAAGGCAAGUAAUGUGCCCGAACCUGUUACUUCUGGCCCGCACAUCUUCAUGUGUAUGAUCGGCGGUGGUCACUUCGCGGCUAUGUUGGUUUCGCUAGCACCGGAGAUACACCGAAAGCAAGGAGGAGUGGAAGACAGACAGGCUCGAGUCAUUGCGCACAAAACAUUCCACCGAUACACCACGCGGCGAAAACAGGGUGGCUCGCAAUCCGCAAGUGAUGCGUCGCGCGGUGCUGCCCAUUCAGCAGGUUCAAGUCUGCGCCGGUACAACGAGGCUGCACUUGAGAAGGAUAUCCGAGAGGUGUUGUCGGACUGGCGGGACAUGAUUGACAUAGCAGAGCUGUUGUUCGUCCGAGCUACGGGAAAGACAAAUCGAAAGACUCUUUUCGGCCAAUACGACGGGCAGGUCCUCAGGCAGAACGACCCCCGUAUACGAGGUUUCCCCUUCAAUACCCGCCGUGCGACUCAAGGGGAGCUCAUGCGGUCCUUUAAGGAAUUGACCCGAUUGAAGGUCAGCGAGGUGGACGAAGCCGCACUGGCUGCGGCUGAAGCCAAGCGACGAGAGGAAGAGUCCAGAUCAUCUCCGCCUGUCCAAAAACCGCAGCCGCCGAAGCUGAAACUUUCAAAAGAAGAGGAAGCUGCCUUGCUACACACAUCCCAACUACAGGCGCUUAUUCGUCGCUCAAAGGUUCCCGCCCUUAUGUCCUAUAUCUCAAACAACUCCAUACCUCGUUCUUUCACCUUUACGCCUGCCGACUCGCCACAAAAUUUCCGCUGCCCCACGCCCCUCCAUCUUGCCGCAAACCUCGAUGCAUCGGCCGUAGUCACGGCCCUCCUUACAAAAGCCGAGUCGGAUCCAACGGUCGUCAACAACGAAGGCAGAACUCCAUUUGAACUCACCGGUGAUCGAGCCACGCGCGACGCCUUCCGCAUUGCCCGCCAUGAUCUCGGCGAGUCAAAAUGGGACUGGGAAGCAGCCAAGGUUCCAUCAGCCGUCUCCAAAGCCGACGCCGAGCGCCGAGCUGAGAAAGAACGCAAAGCUGCCGAGGAGGAGGAAUCCAACCGGCGCAAGGCUAGCUUGGAUCGCCUAAAACGCGAAGAGAUUGAGAAGGCAGCGAAAUCACGAACGACUAAAUCUGGUAGUCGUACCGUGGGCGCUAUUGAGAAGCCUGCAGCCGAAAGGAGAGAUGAGGAGACUAGAGGCAUGACACCUGAGAUGAGGAUGCGAUUGGAAAGAGAGCGCAGAGCGAGGGCUGCGGAGGAGCGCUUCAAAAGAAUGCAAGGCCAAUGA